AUGACUGCCAAGAAUUCCUCUGUGACAGAGUUCAUCCUGGCAGGCCUGACAGACCAUCCAGGACUCCGCCUGCCCCUCUCCUCCCUUCCACUGUGUCUCGGGAACCUGGGCUUGAUCUCCCUGAUAGGACUGAACUCUCACUUGCACACCCCCAUGUAUUUCUUUCUCUUCAAUCUUUCUGCAAUAGAUUCCUGCUAUUCCUCUACCAUCUCCCCAAAAAUGCUGAUGAGUUUUAUCUCAAAGAAGAAUGUUAUCUCCCACUCGGGAUGUAUGACCCAGCUCUUUUUCUUUUGUUUCUUUGUAAUCUCUGAGUCCUUCAUUCUGUCAGCCAUGGCAUAUGCGUAUGUCGCCAUCUGUCACCCCCUGAUGUAUAUGGUUACCAUGUCUCCCCAGGUGUGUUUUCUCCUUUUGCUUGGUGUGUAUUUAAUGGGCUUUGUUGGAGCCAUGGCCCACACAAUAUCCAUGGUGAGACUGAACUUUUGUGCUGAAAACCUUGUCAACCAUUACAUGUGUGACAUCCUUCCCCUUCUGGAACGCUCUUGUACUAGCACCUAUGUGAAUGAGCUGGUAGUCUUUAUUUUUGUGAGCUUUGAUAUUGGUGUACCCAUUGUCACCAUCUUCAUUUCUUAUACCCUCAUUCUCUCUAGCAUUCUUCAAAUGCAUUCUACAGAGGGCAGGUCCAAGGCCUUCAGCACCUGCAGCUCCCACAUGAUUGUGGUUUGUCUUUUCUUUGGGUCUGGGGCUUUUAUGUACCUCAAGCCACCUUCCAUUUUGUCCCUUGACCAAGGAAAAGUGUCUUCCUUGUUCUAUACCAUUGUGGUGCCCAUGUUGAACCCUCUGAUCUAUAGCUUGAGAAAUAAGGAUGUCAAAGUUGCUCUGAGGAAAACCCUUGUCAGGAGAAUAUUUUCUUGA